GUCAAAACCACGCAAAAUAUCCCCAAAACAACCAAAAAUUUUCUCCAGAAAAUUAAAAACUAAAAUAGAAGAAAAGGAAAGCUAAAUGCGAAUCGAAUCGAAUCGAAUCGAAUCCGAUCUUGAUGCAACUGGAAUUUCCCGCUGACAAAUUGAUUUGGUGCUAGGGUUUGGAACUUCUGAUUCUCCGUUCUUGUUUGGUAAUCGAUCAAACCACCGACGACUGAGACCUCUUCAAAGUCAUGUUUAAGAAUUUCUGGGGCUCUCAGGAGCCGCAACCUCAGUCCCGUCCUCAGGAAGUACCCACAGACUCAUGGUAUCCACCUUCUGUCAUUAGUUCAUCCAGUUCCUCACGCCCCACAACACCUGGAUCCAGUACAUCUGGCAACUUUGGCAUAUCAAGACCAACAGACCAACAAAAUUCUUUGUCAAGCGUUUCACCUGCAGAGGCUGCAGGCAUCAUUGCUAUGUUGAAAAAUAAGAGUGUUGAUGAGCUGAGAAAGCUUCUAUCAGACAAGGAUGCUUAUCAGAAUCUUUUGUAUUCUCUGGAACCUGUCAAAACACAAAAUAGGGUCAGAGAUGAACUCAGGAAUGAAACACUGCAGCUAGCAAGAGAUAAUCUGGAAAAAGAACCACGUAUAAUGGAGCUAAGGAACCAGUGUAGAAUAAUCCGAACUACAGAGUUGGCUGCUGCUCAAGAAAAAUUGCAUGAACUGGAAAGAAAGAAGGAUGAAACUCUCAGAUACUAUUCUCCCUCAUCACUCAUCCAUCGACUUCAAGAUGCAAUGAGUAAAACCGAAGAGGAGUCUGAAGCCCUGCACCAGCAGCUCCUUGAUAGAGAAAUUGAUCUUUCAGCCUUUGUACAGAAAUACAAGAAGAUGCGACAUACUUAUCAUAAACGCGCUCUUACCCACCUUGCAGCCAAGACUACUGCAACCGGCUGAAAUGCUAUGCUUUUGGAAGCUGGCCGCUUCUCGCCUCGUCCUCUUUGUACAAUUGUUCUAGUAAUGUAAUACAAUUGUUGCUUACCUUUUUUACAUAUGAAAUUUCAAAUUGUGGAACAGAUUUUGGACAUUCCUCAAUUAAAUCUGCCAAAGUCCAGAUAGUCUGUCAAAUUCUGUCUUCUAUAAUGUGUAAUCGGAUAUUGAACUUCGUUUGCUUGUUUUUCUGCUUGUUACCUCAGUAA